ACAUCGAAAUAAUACGUGAAAAACAAAAUGACACGAUAGUUUGGCGAUACACUAGAAACUGGCAGCACACCAAUCAAAUAUACGUACCAGUAACGUUGAGUAAAUAUACCGCACUAACAGUCACACCCCCUAAGAACUUUGUUCCCGACUUACCUUCACUCCUCAAUCAAGAUCGAUUUCGUAGUAACUAGGACGAGAUAACUGCUUAACAUCACGUGAAAUAUUCUCCUUUACCAGGAAUAAAAAAAUUUUCAUUUUCAAUUACUGUUUUUUUUUACAUACAUAUAUGAAAUAAUAUUAGCAGUAAUGAUUGAAUGUCUGCAACCUAUUCGAAACAGAAGUGACUUCAGUGUUAAUAGCACUGAUAAGCUGUAAUCCAUUAGAAAUAUAAACUGAGUGACUAUUUUCACUAGUGUGUACGUAAAAAAAAAACAACUCUGAUCUGGUCGAUCUGCGGAAAGCUCGCGUUGCGGUUCUAAUGAAGCAAAAUUCCCGACUCCUAAAUUACGCAAAAAUAGAUCAAGUUGGCGUCGUAGCCAAUUCGAAGAAAAGAAACGGUAGAUUAAUGGCUUCUGCAGUUGCGUUCGUAAUCAGACCUUGUCUAUCAAGUUUCGCCUUCAGUUCGAUGUAUUUAAGAAUUGAAAAACUACUUUUUGACUUGUCGUCGGCGAGCAGAUAUUUGAAAAUAAAUGUCAUUGAAUGGUCGAUGAACUUUAAUGUUGCACGGCGAUGGAGAUUCUUGUACGCGCUAAUGAAACCCAUUUGUGAAAUGCACGGUAAAGACUAUUAUUGAUGUGGGUUUGAAAUUCGUAGCAAUUGAUCGAGUUAAAUAAAUAUUAUUAGCGCGGAUAGUUCCAUAGACGAUCGACUGCACUUGCUCUCUCCCUGGAAUGUUAUUAAUGUAGACGAAGCGAAGCAUUCCACCAAUGUACCCCAUACGUCGCUCGAAGACGUCUCGGCAUUGUUAGAUAACAGCAUCAGUAGCAAACGGUGCUGGACGAAGAAAAGUACAGAACUGGUUGAAACUGAACGAACUGCAAUUACAAGCGCAACGUUUACGGCCAAUAAAGCUCCACUUGAUACUCGGGAAUCCAAGAUCGCGCCGCGAGUAUUUUUGCAUAGACGCGCUUCUCGUUAGCGUCAGUCUUGAGCGCGCAUCCGAAACCGAGAGGAGUAUGGACGACUUUGACGUGUGCAGCAACUAUCGCGGUGUCAGGCUCAGCGCUAUCAAAGCGGAGGAGUCUCGCGACGAGACGGAUCGAGCACUCGACCGCGAUUACAGCUUCAUUCAUGACAGCCAUUACAUGUACACGCGAGAUCAAGAUCAAGCGUCGAACGUGGAGGACGUCAUGUUCGACAUGUUCAAAAACGAAGAGACUGGCUUACUUCACGUUGGAAAAUUUCUGGCCGCGCUGAGAACGACGGGCUUGAGGAAAAAUGAUCCGCGUUUGCAGGAGCUCACUGACAAUUUGAAAAAGGAACAUAUCAAAGCCGGCGGUCACGAAGGGAUAUCGCCUGAGACGCAAAAGCUGGACAGAGAGCAAUUCAGAAGAAUUAUCACUCCGAACAUCGUACUGAUAUCUCGGGCGUUCAGGCAUCAAUUCAUAAUACCGGACUUCCCGGGCUUCACGAAGCACAUCGAGGAUUUUUAUUGGAAGUGCAAGUCGAACUUGGAGGGCAAAGUGGCAUCGUACAUUCCCCAGCUGGCACGCAUGAAUCCCGAAUACUGGGGUGUGUCGGUGUGUUCCAUCGACGGCCAAAGGUUCAGUAUCGGUGACACGACGAUUCCCUUUACCCUGCAGAGUUGCAGCAAACCCCUUACCUACGCUAUCGCAUUGGAGAGACUGGGACCCGAGGUGGUACAUCAGUAUGUGGGUCAGGAGCCUUCGGGAAGGAAUUUUAACGAACUGGUUCUAGACCAUAAUAAGAAACCGCACAAUCCUAUGAUCAACGCUGGCGCUAUAUUGGUGUGCUCCUUAUUGAAAACCCUGAUCAAGCCUGAAAUGACAUUAGCCGAGAAAUUCGAUUUCACGAUGAACUAUUUCAAGAGAUUAGCUGGCGGUGAAUCACUGGGCUUCAAUAACGCCGUAUUCUUGUCGGAGCGAGAGGCAGCCGACAGAAAUUACGCCUUAGGAUUUUACAUGAGAGAGCACGGCUGCUAUCCUGAGAAGACCAACCUGCGCGAGUGCAUGGACUUCUACUUUCAGUGUUGCUCGAUGGAAUCCAACUGCGAGGCGAUGGCUGUGAUGGCGGCGACACUCGCGAACGGCGGGAUAUGCCCGAUAACCGAGGAAAAAGUAUUGAAACCGGACAGCGUGCGAGACGUCCUGAGCUUAAUGCACAGCUGCGGGAUGUACGAUUACAGCGGUCAAUUUGCUUUCAAGGUCGGCAUCCCCGCAAAAUCAGGUGUGUCGGGCAGUCUUCUCGUCGUAAUACCUAAUGUGAUGGGUAUUUGCACAUGGUCACCACCACUGGAUCCAUUGGGCAACUCGUGUCGAGGGGUGCAAUUUUGCGAGGAGCUCGUGAACGAGUUCAAUUUCCACAGAUAUGAUAAUCUGAAACACGCGACCAACAAGAAGGACCCACGAAGGCACAAAUACGAGACAAAGGGUCUGUCCAUUGUUAAUCUGCUGUUUAGCGCGGCGAGCGGAGACGUCACGGCUAUGCGCAGAUUACGAGAGAACUUGGAGUGGCAUCGGUUGAGUGGCAUGGACAUGACCCUUUCGGAUUACGACGGACGCACGGCACUCCAUCUGGCUGCCAGCGAAGGCCACCUGGAUUGCGUUGAAUUUCUCAUCGAGCAGUGCGGAGUUCCCCACGAUCCCAAGGACAGAUGGGGUAAUCGACCGAUCGACGAAGCAGAAACGUUCGGACACGCGCAAGUGGUCGAGUAUCUUAAGAAUUACGAGUUGGUUCGGCAGACCGAGCUGAAAGACAAAGCGAACAAUGAGUUCAGCGAGAAUGGCGAGAACAAUAGCAAUACUGGACAGAAGCCAGCACCUAAGGAUACAUCCAAUCCAAUGAUUGAUGAUUCCCCAAGUAACAGUCAAUCUUCACCUUUGCCCUAAGUAAAGCCAUGCAAAAAACUUCAAAUCCUAUCACGAGCUACUAGAUAUUUAGGGAUACAGUUUAUGACUACCUUAUGUUGUAGAUCUAUGACUUUUUUGAUUUGUUUUUAUAUACUUGAAAGACUGGGUCUUUUAAAGAGUUUAGUUGUACGGUAGAUCUGUGAUUUCUUCCAUAUAUAUAUAAUACUGUUAUCGUUAAUUGUUGUUUAUUUUUUUUUGAAAAUUGACGUAGGAAUGUCUCGUGUCAAUAGAGCUUAAUAUAGCCUAGCUCAUUUGAACCAGUCUUGCAGCGAGACGGUCUACACAAAAGGUUUUGUCCAAAAAAAUCGACUUACGCGCAAUCCUCAUACAAUUUACACUUGCGAAAGGGCUAAAAUGACCGGUCUAAUGAGUCUGAAAUUUAUUGCACAGCUGAUCGGUUAGCUUCUGAUGAACGUCUGUCGCCUAAUUUUCAUAAUGCAAAAGCUUACUUAGACCGUCCUAAGCGUACAGAAUGAUAGCCAACACGGCUAUGCUAGGAAAGAGCUGUGAAUGGUGAUAAUGCUAUUGCGCCUCAAUGACAAUAAUUCUUCAAAGACUAUCUGCACAAUUCAUGGUUAGAUAGAUAACAUUGUUAUUCAAUUUAUAUAUCAUUAUUUUGACGCGAGGAAGAGCAUAAUUGACAAAUACAGAAUGGUGUUAAAAUGAGACUUUGAACAGACCAGAAUACUCUACGUCUCAACUGCCUUUGUUAUACUGUUGAGUUUAUUGCCAUUUACUUCUUUUAACAUUACUUUUAAUUGUUUGUACGUAAAUUUAAAUCGGUGGUAUUUAGAAGAUUAUAUUAUGGAAACUUGAUGUAACGUUCAAAGAUUUAUUUUUGUUUUUCAAACUACAAACAAUGAAACCUGAGUACAAACUCAAUCACUAAUCAUUUGAAUUCAUAAAUAAUAUCUACGAAAGUGAUAUGCGAACGAUUAUCCCACUUGCAAUAUAGCAAAUCAUAAUAAGUGUUGAAAAAUUACAGUUUAAAAUGAAAACAAAGAUUCUGGUGUUUUUCGAAUCAACCGUUAUUCCUUUGUAAUGGUUGACUCGAAUUAUAAUUGUUAUAUCGCUGUAUAGAUAAAUUCUGCUACAAAGUUACAAAAAAUGAUUGUUGAUCAAAAAAGCUUUCAUCCAUAUAAAUUAACAACAUUGAUCUAAACAUCUAGAUAAGUAAAGUCAAUUAAUUAUAAACUGAAAUUUCAAUUUAAGCUACUUUCACCUGCAUACAAAAUAUUGCCUUUGUAUGAUACAUAUGAACUAUAGUCAAUAUUAAAAAAACUAUAGUGUUUUUAUAGUUAUAAGUAUGUUGAUUAUACUAUAGAUGGCUAUUAUUAAAAGUCACUUCAUCCUGAAAGUGGAAAAGGUAUUGUAAAAUAAAAACAUUUGCAGAUCUGAUUCAUCAAAUAUAACAUCAGUAUUAUCAUUUCAUUGAGAAAUCUUCUCGUUAUGUCAAUUGACACACUUUCAGUUAUUUAAUUCUGAAUCUUGCUCCAAAUUCUACUCGUACGCUUUUAACAAUCUUAUUAAUUUAUCUUACUCAUAAGGUACGGUGAAAUCAUUGAAAUUUGUUGUGUAAUAUAAGUAUAAAAAUGACAAUAAUGAAAUUUUAAAAGUGCGUCAAGAACGUUAUUUGUUAUCUAAUCUUUUGUUUCCCUCAAUCUUAAAAUAAUUUGUAUAUUUUCAUAAAGUUUUUCAAAUGUUUUCUACUAAGACAUUCCUGAGGCUUUCAAUCUUCCACAAUGUAAUACUUUAUUCGCGAAGGCCCCUCCUAUUGAUAUCCAUAGAUAUACAGUGAAUAGAGAAAUUUUGUUACGACUUUCCUCCCAUUCGCCUAAAAUAUAAAUCAAAGGGGCUCAAAAAAUUAUCUACGACUAAUCAAUUUUCGUAUAUUUUGAGCAGUGGUUUCUUCAUAAAACUAGCAAAAAAUUAAUGAUGUUCUUCAGGUCAGCUUGGUUAUGAGAUGCAAUAACAGUUUUCAUUAUGAAUGUAAAAAUAAAUGACAGCUAGAAAUGAUAGUUGGUUUUUUAAUUUUCUAUAAAAAAACCACUACUCAAAACAUUUCAAGAUUGGUUAAUCACACUCAGGUAUGAAUAUUUGUCGAAGAUAAUUUUUUUUGAGCACCUACGAAUUAUAUUUUAAACAAACGAUUGGAGGGAAGUGACGAAAUUUCUCUAUUAACUUGAUAUAUAUAAAGUGAUUAGGGACUAUAAACGGACGAUAAACGCAUGUAAUCAAUGGUCACAUGUGAACUUUGAAGAAAAUAAAUUUUAUAAUUUGUAUUAGUAAUAAUAAGUUUAGUAGUUAUUUGAUCAUAAUUAAAAACAAAACGAACAAAAUUGAUAAAGUUGGAAUUUUAAAGAUUAAGUUAUUAUAUGAUAUCGUUUGUGAAAUGUGAGAAUAUCAAAAUACAUAUGUUUGCAUUGUUCUAUAAGUGUACAUAAAAGUAAUAAAAGUUAAA